AUGCUAAGAAAGUACAUCUCCGAAGGAUACGAAGACUGGGAAGACAUGUUGGGACACGUAGCAUUCGCUUAUCGUCAUUCAAUCAACUCCUCGACGCACGAAACACCGUAUUUCCUGAAUCAUGGACGGGGCGCAGUCAUGCCUAUCGACCGAUGGUUACAGCCAACCUCCUCCGAUCCUAUUACACCGCAAGACUACAAGAGCCAAACCAUGAAACGCCUCCUUAAGGCUUUUGACCUCGUAAAGGCAAAUCUAGAGAAAGCAAGAGCACAGCAAAAGGAACAAUACAACAAACGAGCUAAAACGUUCGAAUACCAAAUAGGGGAUAAAGUACUCCUCGCCGUACGAACCGUUAAACCCGGGACCAGCCGUAAACUAAAUCCCAGAUACCAAGGCCCGUACCGAGUGACCAAAAUUAACCGAAACCACACAGUGGAGAUACAGGCAACACCAGGUACGGCCCCGCAGCUAGCUCACACCAACCGAAUCAAACCAUUGCUAGAAGCUAUGAUCUGGAGGGACGACCCCUGUCCCGACUUUGAAGACCUCCGGCUAAAUCCCGCAAGACAAGUAAUCGAAGAGCAAGAGGAAGAAGAGCUCACACCGGUAGAAGACGACACAGCCGAGUCCUCUUACCCUCUGGAGGCGUUUUCCCUAGACCUCCCGACAGAUGAAAAUGAAAUGAACAUUUCAAACGCAUUUUUCGGAUUCACGCCACCAGACCAGGGCGACGAAGAGUUGGCACAGCCAGCCAGACCGGAAAGACGCACAGGGCUACGAGCAUGGUCAUCAAUACGCCCGCCAAGAAGAUAG